AUGACGGAAGCAGUGCUUUCCACAUUAUGGCUCUUAGCCACACUUCUAAGUUGCAGCAGCGAAUUAUGCCCACUGGAAAAAUGCUUCAAGGAGGCAGAUUACGAAGAAUUCCUAGAGAUAGCUAGGAACGGGCUGGAAAAGCCAAUGCACUGGAAACAUGUGCUGAUUGUGGGUGCUGGGAUGGCGGGUCUCAGCGCAGCCUAUGAACUCACAGAGGCGGGGCAUAAGGUAACAGUUCUUGAAGCCAGUGGGCGUGUGGGAGGACGAGCGCAGACCUAUCGAAAUCAGAAGGAAGGCUGGUAUGCAAAUCUGGGGCCCAUGCGGUUGCCUGAGAAGCACAGGAUUGUCCGUGAAUAUGUAAAGAAAUUCGGCCUGGGGCUGACAGAGUUCAUUCAGUAUAACCCAAAUACCUGGUAUUUUGUGAACAACAUCAGAAAGAGAGCCUGGGAAGUCAAAGAGAACCCCAGCAUCUUGGGUUAUCAACUGAAGCCUGAAGAAGAAGGCAAAUCUCCUGAACAGUUAUAUAAUGAUGCCCUGAAAAAGGUUAUAGAAGAGGUAAAGAGGACCAACUGCAGCCACGUGCUUCAUAAGUAUGACUCCUACUCAACUAAGCAAUAUUUAAUAGAGGUAGCAAACAUGAGCCGUGGAGCUGUACAGAUUAUUGGGGACCUGCUAAAUGAAGAUGCUGGCUAUUACCAGUCCUUCAUUGAGAGCAUGAGAGGAAGCGUUAUCUUCUCUCAGACAAAGCGCUGGGAUGAAAUAGUUGGAGGCAUUGACCUACUGCCAAGAGCCAUUUACAGAACCAUUUCAGAUCGGGUGGUCUUGAAUGCCAGAGUGGUCAGGAUAAAACAAAGGGACGGUGCUGUUACUGCCAUUUAUAAAACACAUGAUCAAUCAUUGUCAAGUGUGACAGCCGACUACGCCAUUCUCACUCCUACAACAAGGGCGACUCGGCGCAUCUACUUUGAACCACCCCUCUCAGAAAACAAAUCAGAUGCCUUGAGAUCUGUCCACUACAGAAGCUCUGCCAAGGUCUUCCUUGGCUGUUCCAAGAAGUUCUGGGAAGCUGAUGGCAUUCACGGUGGGUUGUCUGUCACCGAUCGUCCAUCCAGAUUCAUCAAUUAUAUCGCCCAUAAUUUCUCCAGUGACUUUGGGGUUCUCUUGGCUUCUUACGUCCACAGUGAUGACUCCACAUUUUUCCUGUCCCUCAGCCAUGACGACAUCCUUAGCAUCAUCCUGGAUGACCUGUCAGUCAUCCACCAUCUGCCUCAAGAAGAGAUCCAAAGUAUCUGUCGCUCCUCAGUGAUAAAGCGAUGGAACCUGGAUAAGUACUCCAUGAGUGGCUACACUCGGUUCACUCCCUACCAGCUUAUAGAAUAUAUUCAACCUCUUAGGGAGCCAGAGGGUAAACUGCAUUUCGCUGGGGAGCACACCGCUGAGACCCAUGGUUGGCUGGAUAGCACAAUAAAGACAGGACUGAGAGCAGCAAAAGCUAUCAAUCUCUUGUGUGGGAAGCACUUUCAGAUCAAAUCAACCAUGAAAAAUGAACUUUAA